AUGUCUCUCGCCCGACACGUCAGAGGCGUCCCAGCACCAGAGGGUACAUUGACCCUUGGUAUCACUGGAUCCGUGCACGCGAAUCAGACAAUCCUAUUUAUCCAUGAGCUGACCGAGCACCACGCGGGGUUCGCUGACGCCUUGCCCUUCCAGCAGAUCGGUAGCAUCUAUUUCGCCAACACCAAGGCGGGUUUGCCGCCCGACGAUAUUGCCUCCUACCGCGUCCCAGGCCCUACUAUCAUCGUCGACGCAGACCACAGGCGAGACUACGUUACUCCUUGGACGCAGAUUACGGCGCCCUCGCUGCGCGAGUUCUGGCUUGCCGCCAUUCAGCAUGGAGAUGUCACUCUUGGCGCGUUCCUCGACUUGGCUGAGGCUCUGCGCGUGCUCAUCGAACGCAUGCUUUCAAGAUUUCCCCCGCCAGAAGCUCACCCUGAGCUGUAUGCCCCAUACUUUGUGCCCGCCGACUACGUCUUUCGCAACAACCGCGUGAACCUCGAGACGCGCAAGAUCGACAAAUUCCUCGACUGGGACGACACGUGUGUCAUGCCAUUCCUGCUAGCCACACGCCUCCCGGACGACAUAUGCGAGCAGGAUUGCGCCCUCAGCGAGAACCUCCACGAGCGACGGCUAGGGGCUGACGGGUUCCCCAGCCUAUUGACGAGGGAGGGGACCUUGUUCCGCUCGAACAUUUGA